CCCGUUUUCAUGAUGGCAACAGUGGGCGAGAAACUGGCGCUCACGGAUGCGGAGUGUGUUGCCAUGGAAAAGGAGCUGUACGAAGAAAGCAUCAGGUGUCUGGAAGCGCGUCUUAAAGAUCUCCAGAACGGUACACUGGACGAGUUUGUCGAGCGCUGCAAAGCGUUUGAGCUCGCGAAGACGUAUCGAAUCGAUUUGGCAGCUCUGCAUCGCAAGUUGCUUCUACGCAACAUUGAUGAGUUGCUUGCGUUUGACUUCCAGCAAAUCGACGAUGGAUUCAAUGCGUCCUUGGAAGCAUUACAGUCGACAGCCCCACCGAACGUGGCACAACAAGUGGAACCCGUCGCUGAAUCCCCCCACGCCACCGCCGUUGUUACCGACUCCGACGACCCCGUUCGACACGAACUCAAACAGUUGGAGCUUGAGAAACACCUUCAUUUCAGCAUGGACCAUGUGAACACAUGCUUGCCGGCCGCCACAGCCAUCCAGGCCCAGCUCCAAGCGCUCCGGGACUCGUUGGACAUCGUGAACGAGAAGCUUCGCCACGCCACACAUCUGAAAGUCCAUUAUGACGCUGACGAGGCCGACACCGUGUAUGCCGGGAACGUCAUAUUGUAUGUAGGCGAUGCGGUCGUCCUCACGUCUGAAAUCGCACAGGUACAGUAUUCGUCGACGUAUCUAACCGUUGGCCCCGUACAACAUAUGAAGGUGUCCUGCUGGGUGUAGGAAGACUUUUAUGGCUCCAUCCAUGCCAUUGAUGAAUCUGCGGUAUAAACUAACCAUGCAUGAUUUCGCCCCCAUGGUGUCAGCACCCCUGCGUAGAUACACCUGCAUCUGGUCUGCGGCAAUCUUGUCCAAGUUACGUUGGACUCGUUGCGCGACCGACGGUGUCGACUGCGGUUCCAGGACAGCGCCAAAAACGGUCCAGUCGCCGUGCACGCAUCUCCGUCCGGUCGCAAGACCAACACCACGCCGCGGUCAAAGCGCACUGUUCAACGGAAGCGGUUGGUGUCGCUGAUUUAACUAGGCAUUCGAACAUCCUGAAUGCGCUAAAAUAUAUGUGCAUUUGAGCUAUUGGACUAACUUUACCAGUAACGCUACAGUAAUCUCAACUGACGACAAAUAUAGCAAUCGCCGAAUGCAAAGAGAAGGCGGCAACAAGCGCAGACUGGAAACAAACUAUCGUAGGACUAGAAGCUAAAAAAGAAGCGAACUGCAAGUAAGUGGUGGUUUAAGAGAUUAAUAGGAGCAUUCUCAUCG